CUUCGACUUUCAGUGUCACGUGACGUGAGUAAACUUCGCAACGUGCUGAAAUUUCGUUGAAAAUUGAGGAAGUUGAUCGAGCAGUAACUGAGGGGAUGUUCACGGUGUUCCAGCGAUCACAAGUAUGUCAACACUUUUUUCUGAGACAUUAUUAUCCAACGGACCUCUUAUUCACCGACUGAUACAAGCGUUGAAUCGUAACGAUGUCUGGAAAUCUCUGGGGAGCGUCAUUCCAAGCUCGUGCCUCAGUAGCACGUACGCUCCGACGUCAGCGGACGAUCUCGUCUUGGCGCUUCAGAACAGUUUUGUCCGCACAUCGGAACUGAUACGGUGGCUCGAACUUGUGGACGCAAUCGACGCCUUGUUACUUCUAAAGCCAAGCGAACCGGUGGCGAUCACUCUACAACCAGAACCGUACCUCCAGCUAGAAAACGGAGAAGAAUCCGUUUUGCGGUUGACAUGUCGCGCCUCGUCGUUUCCGCCGCCCAAGUACGAGUGGUACUUCAACGGCAAGCCUCUAAGCAGUCGAAUUCAAGCUGGGCCCGUUCUCGAACUGUUCAAUCUGACGACAGAUCACUCGGGAACUUACAAGUGCCGAGCUUGGAACGCGUGUGGCUCCGAGUCGUUCUCCAACGACUGUCAGGUCGUGGUGACUCCGUGUCGGCGUAAACUCGUAAACAAUCCACCGACCCUCUACGCAACCGACAAAGUCGCGCUGCUCAUCAGUAACGCGAACUACGAACACGAUGAAAAACUUUUUCUGACCGAGAAUGACGUCGAGAGCCUGGCAAAGUCCUUGGCGGCGCUAAACUUUCGUAUCCUCGCCUUCAAGGAUUUGGGCAAGCGGGACAUCAUCAACGCCGUCCGAACCUUCUGCUACUUUCUGCAGAACGGCACGUACAGCCUGUUUUACUACGCGGGCCACGGUUUCAAGUGUUGCGGGAAAGACUACAUUCAGUCCAUCGACUGCUCGAACGAGUGUUCGGUCGAGGACUGUGUCUGCUUUCAAGAUGUAAUCGCUUGCAUCAAGUCGACGCCGUCGAGUUUCAACCUGAUCAUGUGGGACGCGUGCCGCGACUGUAGGGAAACAUCGCUGGAUUCGAGAACUUCCAUCGUCCAAACGGAUCCCCCGCAUGGAAGUCUUCGUGCCCGGCGUAGCUCCGUUGUGGUCUACGCCACGUCCCCGUACAAUUCCGCGGUUGAGGUGAAGGGACACCAAAACGGACUGUUCAUGGAACAUCUCAAGAGACACGUCGGGCGGACUGUUCCCGUGCACAAAGCGAUACGCUGCACCCUUCGCGACUUCGAAAGUCACGCGUUGUCCGACUGGCAGAUUCCUGUGGUCAAGUACGACAUCGCGGGGGACCAUUCCCUCUGCGACGCCAUCUUGGACGGACCUGGCUACCGCGGCAACGAGGUUUUGUGGAACUUUGUCAGUACGCUGCCUCCGGACGAAGAGUUCCGCGUGACAGAGACCGGACUCCGUCUUCGCGUGACUUUUUCUUGCGAUCGUGAAGUUUUCUGUAAUUCCAUGCUGGUGACGGCUUCCUUGUUGCCCCCCGUGCCUAGUAUACACAUUGACUUGCAGACCCUCGUGUGCGACGGUGCCCGUGCGGUGAACCUGUCUACAGCCGUCUUACGAGUCUCUAAUCUCCAAACACUGGUGUCACCGUUGCGGCUCAGCGUGGUACUGAGGGACUGGGAGUCUAAGAAUGUGGUUUACCUGAGGAACUUGCACUGUGGUCACCCGUUGGUUGCAGCCUGGAAGCUUCGCAAUUCCGGUUAGAGAUAGCCUGUACCAUAGCGCGAGGGCUGUAAAGGACUGAAACCUCGGCAAAGGAAGAGGGAUAUGCAUUCUACCUUCAAAAAUCAAUGGUUUGGAUUGUCACCAUGGACGUAGUAGCAGCGUAGCCAGCAACAGCAUGUCAUUUCUAAAAUGAAUUUCGUGCCAUGGAACUUAUCUUGCCCACCAUGGAGCCUCAUUAUGGCGAGUGAGUUUAUGGCAGUUGUAGGCCGUUUGAAUGCAGUGACCUGGCACGUAGCCAGGGAGGGGGGGGGCGGGGGCGGUAGGCACCCAUGGGGCCGCCCUUCCCCCGAAACCUUCUAUUUUGCUGGGGCCUCCACUCCCCCCUCCCCCUCAUACAGCAUUUUGUCAUGGGCGCCCCCCCCUCCCCCCCUCCAAACAAAAUCCUGGAUAUGUGCCUGGCAGUGACUAGUUUUUUUGCUGUUUUUUAACUGACAUUUAGUAGUAUCUAACAAGAGUUUGUUAACAUUCUAAACAAGAGCAGUAAUUAGACAAAUGCUCUCAAUCAUUUGCUAAAAUAUUUUUUUUUUUUAAUCGUGUGUGUUCCUAGUCUUUAUGCGAUGCCUUGACAAUGGUGCCUAAACUACACAAUAAAAUAAAUUAUAUUCCACACUUUCAUUUCAUACAGAUUAAAGCUUUGUGCUGUCUUGUAGGUUUUUUGUUUCCUGUCGGUUACAGCCAUCUUUUAUUAUGUCUCGGUGUUCCAUAACCAGGAUGAAUGAUGGUAUGGUUUUAAAAUGUUUUAGUAGCUAGGAUACUUUUAAAUCAAAGCACCACAUCCUUUAGUGGUGUCUUCUUUUCUAAAUAAAAACUUUAGGUUCA